AUGUCUGGGUAUACGCAAAUUGAGGCUGACGAGACGGUUGGAGCCAAUCCGUAUGGAUCUGGGAAUAAUCUGACGGUGCCUCCUGUUUCUGGGAAUAUGGCACCUGCUCCUGCUGAGGGUACUGGCGCUGGAGGUGAAGAAUGGCUGUGGUCGAGGAGACUUAAGGAAUCUUCCCAUCCGGUGGCGUUGAUGUUUUAUAUUGUGUUCAGGUUGUCGCCAAUUUUCACUUAUAUUUUUGGUAACAUGAUCAUUUCGAUCUUUAUCAGCCAGAAUAGGUUCAUUCUUCACUUUAUUGUGCUUACGCUUCUCGUGUCGGCAGACUUCUGGAACUUGAAGAAUAUCUCGGGCAGAUUAUUGGUGGGAUUGCGUUGGUGGAACGAAACAACCAAGAAAGAGGGUUCUACAAACUUUGAAAACGUGUGGGUGUUUGAGUCGGCUGACCCAGAGAGGUAUAUUAAUCCAAUCGACUCGAAAGUGUUUUGGACGUUAUUAUACGCGCAGCCGGUGGCAUGGGCCGUGCUAGCUAUAAUGGCCGUGUUGAAGUUCGAGUUGUUGUACCUUGUUUUGAUCGUCAUUAGCUUGUCGUUAUCACUCACCAAUGCCAUGGCAUUCACCAAGUGCGACAAGUUCGGCAAGGCCAACAACUUGGCCACUGAUAUCUUCUCCAGAACCACCGGUGGAAUCUGGAAGAGGUUCAAUCCGUUCUCUUCAUAA